AUGUCCACCCAAGGAACAAUCGACUUUAUCUAUCCCGGCCUCGAAAACGCCAAAACCUGGUAUCGAAUCGAUGGCGAUCUCAAAUCCUCAUCCUCUGAUGCAGUCCCUCUAGUCGUCCUGCACGGCGGCCCUGGAUUCUGCCACAACUACAUGCUCCCCGUAUCCGACCUAGCGCCCUCCAUCCCAGUCAUCUUCUACGAUCAGAUCGGAAACGGGCUGUCGUCCCACCACCCCGAAAAAAAGGGCGACAAGGCCUUCUGGAGCGUCGAUCUCUUCGUCGCCGAGCUGGAAAAUCUGCUCGCCCAUCUCGGGCUGUCGGGUUCCCGGUUCGACAUCCUCGGCCACUCCUGGGGUGGCAUGUUGGGCGCGGAAUUCGCCAUUCGAAGACCCGCUGGUCUGCGGAAACUGAUCAUCUCCAACUCGCCGGCGUCGGUGGAGUUGUGGCUGGAGUCUGUUAAUCGGCUCAGGAAGACCCUGCCGCAGGAUGUGCAGGAUUCCCUGCAACGAUGUGAGGAUGAGGGGCGGUUGGAGUCUGAGGAGUAUGAGGCUGCGACGGGCAAGUUCAUGGCAGAGUUUGGCUGCCGUGUGAACCCCCUUCCGGAUGAACUUGUGCAGAGUAUCGAAUGGGCUACUAAGAGAGAUACAACUGUCACUUCUACCACACUCGGCCCCUCCGAAUUCUGGGUCGAAGGGUCCCUCAAAGACUGGACCGUGCUUGAAACCCUGCACAAGAUCAGCGUGUCCGUCCUGCUGAUCAAUGGCCACUACGACGAAGCGCAAGACAGCGCCGUUAAACCCUUUUUCUGGGGCCUUGACAAGGUCAAGUGGGUGCGUUUUGCUGAGAGUUCGCAUAUGCCCCAUUUCGAUGAGAGGGAGAGGUAUAUGCAGGUUGUUAGGGGGUUUUUGGGUCAGUGA